UAAAUGUACGAAGACGUAGAACGUUAGUUCCUCCGAGCCAGUAGGAACGGAUUCCACUGCCACCGCAAGGUGAUUGAGCACAGACCACCAAUAUUUUCCUCGGACCUGCCAAAUUUUUGGCCGCAACAUUUCCGCUCAAACAUUCAAGAACGAUUCGGUAAUACCUGGCCGUGACACCAGUGAGGCUCUGUUAAGAUGGUUGCUCCGGGUAUAACAGGUCGCACGCGACCUACAAAAGUUAAGAAGCGAGCGAAUGCGCAGAAGAGAAAGCGCGACGAUGUCGACGUCGAGAAGCUUGAAGAGGCCGUUGCGGAACUUGAUCCUAAAAACGGCUCUUACAGCGAAUUCACCGACCUCCCCCUCUCCGAGCCCACCAAAGAGGGCCUCCAGUCGUCCCAUUAUGCUGUCAUGACCGACAUCCAAGCAAAGGCUAUUCCGUUAGCACUCCAGGGCCACGACAUAUUGGGAGCUGCGAAGACGGGAAGCGGAAAGACACUGGCUUUCAUUGUGCCUGUGCUUGAGAAUCUUUACAGAUUACAGCAUGUUGGCGCAGACGCAGGCCUCGGCGCAUUGAUAAUUUCACCUACACGAGAGCUCGCCAUCCAGAUCUUUGACGUCCUUCGCAAGAUUGGCAGGCAUGGUCACAUGUUUGCAGCGGGUCUUGUCAUUGGAGGGAAGAGUUUAGAAGACGAGAGACAGGCUUUGAGCAGGAUGAACAUUCUCGUUGGAACACCGGGCAGAAUCCUCCAACAUAUGUCGGAAACAGUGGCAUUCAACACAGAUGAUCUAAAGAUGUUGGUCCUAGACGAGGCCGAUCGGACACUUGAUAUGGGGUUCCAAAGAGAUUUGGAUGCCAUCAUUGAAUAUCUCCCAAAGGAGCGGCAGACGUUGCUCUUUUCCGCAACUCAAUCGAAGAAAUUGUCAGACCUCGCCCGUUUGAGUCUCUCCGAGCCGGAAUACGUCUCUGUUCACGCCGAGGACAAAAGUGCGACACCCAAAACCCUACAACAAAAUUAUAUUGUCUGUCCAUUGGAGGAAAAGCUGGAUACCUUGUGGAGUUUUAUCCAGGCCAGCAAGAAAUCAAAAAUCGUCUGCUUUCUCUCAACGGCAAAGAUGGUCAAAUUUGUCUACGAGUCUUUCCGCCAUAUGCAACCCGGUAUUCCACUACUUCAUCUCUACGGACGCCAGAAACAAGGGUCGCGAUUGGAAGUUGUUUCGAAAUUCUCGGCUGCGAAAUAUUCUUGUCUUUUUGCUACGGAUGUGGCUGCACGUGGGCUUGACUUUCCCGCCGUCGACUUUGUAAUCCAAGUGGACUGUCCGGACGAUGCGGAUACCUAUAUUCAUCGAGUCGGUCGCACUGCUCGAUACAACCGCGAGGGUCGUGGAGUUCUAUUCUUGGCUCCCAAUGAAGAGGAGGGAAUGCUGAAGCGAUUGGAGGCCAAGAAGGUACCAGUAGAGCUUAUCAACGUGCGGCAAAAGAAGCGCAAGUCUAUCCAAGAGCAGCUCGUUCACAUGCUAUUCAAGGAUACAGAGCUUAAAUACCUAGCUCAGAAAGCCUUCAGUACUUAUGUCAAGUCUGUACAUGUGCAAAAAGACAAGGAGAUAUUUCAGUUAAAAGAGUAUGACCUUGAAGCUUUUGCUGCGAGCUUAGGCCUGCCUGGAGCACCAAGAAUCAAGUUCUUGCGGAAGGAUGAAGCUCACAAGAGACCGAAUGGCAAAGUUUCAGAUGCUGAGAUCGUGCCAUCGGAUGACAGUGAAGACGAAGAGGACGGACCCACUAAGAAGAAGGUGCGAACCAAGUACGACCGCAUGUUCGAGAAACAGAACCAGGAUGUCUUGGCAGACCAUCGCAGGAACAUGGUCAAAGACGAAGACGACUUACAUAAUUUCGGUGCGGCCGCCGCCGGUGGUGAUGAUGAUGACGAUUUCAUGGCAGUCAAACGCAGAAUACCUGCUGAGGAAGACGAAUCCGGGCUCGAGUCCGGAAGCGAAGAAGACGAUGAGCCUGCCGAAGCAGGUCGGAGGACUGUCAAGAUUGCCGGUGCAUCGCAGCCGAUUGUCAUCGACAGCAAUCGACGAGAGAAACUUCUCAAGUCUAAGAAGAAGCUCCUCAAGCUCAAAGACAAGGGCAAGAAACUUGUCUAUGAUGAUGAAGGGAAUCCCCACGAGAUUUAUGAACUUCAAGAUGAGGAGGACUUCAAAGCUAAGGGUCUACCAGAAGAGCAAAGGCAGCGCUUCAUGGAAGAAGCUAAACGUGUCGUUCAAGAAGCAGACGUGGACGAUAAGGCGGCGCUCAAGGCGAGGAAGAAGGAGAAACUGCGGAGAAGGAAAGAGAGGGAGAGGGCGGAGGCUCAGGGUCGUACGGACACGUCUAUGGAUCUUGAUGAGCAGGAAGAUGUACUUGCAAACUUCAGGGCAGAUAUGGGAUCCGACGAUGAUGAUGAUGAAACUGAUGGCAAGCCCGUACAGAAGGGGCCAAAGAAAUGGUUCCAGUCAGAUUCGGAGGAUGACGCUGCUGUGGGUGGUGGUAAGAGGGGAAAACAUGGAAAGAAGGGUGCACGACAUAUCCAGGAACCACAAACACUGGAAGAUCUCGAGCAACUCGCAGCCGGUUUACUUGGAUGAGUGCCAUGCAUAUAAUAAAGUUGCAGCUAGAUAUGCAGUAUGUACUGCAAGCCAAGAAAAUCAC